AUGUCAAACACUGAAUAUAGAGAAACUACGGAAAUUUGUACCGAAAUUUCUGAAGAUGGUACUAAUAGGUUUAGAAUUGACGAUGAAUCAGAGUUGAGGACUAAUAAUACAUCUGUAUCUACUGAUACGGUUACUAACCAUGUAACUGCAACCGCACCUAAUGAAACAGUUACUAACAACACACAUGUAUCUACUGGCUCAUCCACAAUCGUACCUUCAGCUACCACUGAUGAUGCAAAACUCAGAAGAAGAGAAAAACAAGACCGAGCGAAAUACGGGUGA